CUGGUAGCUCCCACUUCAUUUCGGGAAAUGUACACGAUUGAAGAACACGGAUCGCCUUAUUCUCUCGAGUAUAGGGUUUUUUUCAAAGACUCGACCGGUUAUAUAUCUCCGUGGCAUGACAUUCCCUUGUAUGCUGAUCGGGAGAAUAAGAUUUACAAUAUGGUUGUUGAAAUUCCACGGUGGACGAACGCUAAAAUGGAGAUAGCAACUAAAGAAGCAAUGAAUCCUAUUCAUCAGGAUGUUAAAAAAGGUGUGCCACGUUUUGUUGAUAACGUUUUUCCCCAUCACGGUUACAUCUGGAACUACGGCGCUUUACCUCAGACUUGGGAAGAUCCGGGGCACGUCGACGAAGAAACCCAGACUAAAGGGGAUAAUGAUCCAAUUGACGUGAUUGAAAUUGGAUCAAAGAUAUUUAGAAGAGGAUCUGUUGUCCAAGUGAAAGUCUUAGGGGUUAUCUGUCUGGUUGACGACGGGGAGACAGACUGGAAGUUGUUGACGAUCUCUGUGAGCGACCCUAUUGCUAAUGAAUUAAAUUCACUUGAUGAUGUCGAAAAACAUUUUCCCGGGCUUAUGAAAGCAACACACGAAUGGUUCAGGGUGUACAAAAUCCCUGCCGGAAAAGCAGCAAACCACUUUGGAUAUGAUGGGAAGUUCAAGAAUGCUGACUUCGCUCAUCAGGUAAUUGAACAUACUCAUGAGUUCUGGGAAGCUUUGAUGAAAAAUCAAAAUCCACCUCUUAAUACAGAAUCGAAGGUCGAGAUAGCUGUAAAUCAGCGUUCUCCAGAUAAGUGGAGAGAAAUUAUAGAAUCCCAGCCACCUCUCAGUGCUCCAAAAGAAAUCCCAGAAACACUUGAUCAGUGGCAUUUUAUUCAAGAAUAA